AUGCCUCCAGAUUCUCUAUUAGACGAUGAUGGAUCAUAUGUAUCCUCAGAAGACUCAGACUUCGCUCUGGAUGAUUCGCCGGACCAGACUUCCGAUCACUCUGACGCAGAAGAUUCCGGCGACAAAACAGCUAACAAAAGAAGUCACCCACAAGAUGAAGCCGAUGCAGGAUAUGAUAACUCGGGUGAUGAGGCGAUCAUCAAAAGGGGUGAGAAGCGUCGUAAGAAAACGCAAGCAAAAGGCAUACGCAACCCAGACGAGGGCGAGGGCGGUCUGAUCAAGACUCGUAGACAGCGUGCCGCUGAGAAGGAAGAGCGUCAAUAUGCGACAAACAACGAGCCAGUCACUAUCGAUGUUGAUGCGCUAUGGGCGCAAAUGAUAUCCAAACCACGAACUCCAGGGAACAAGGACGAGCGACCCAACGACGCAGAAACAAGUACCAACUUCAUUGACAAGCCAGACGACUCAGCUGAGAAAAACUCGCAUUCAACAGUAUCCGACCAGUCAUCAACAAUGAUUCGAAUCAAACGUACGUAUAACUUUGCUGGUCGAAUACACAUAGAGGAAAAGCUGGUUCCGCGUGACUCAGCCGAAGCAAAGCUUUAUCUUGCCUCACAAGGUCAGGAGGCACCCAAGAAUAACCCCGAAAAGAACGUUACCAGAAAGGCGUUCCGAUCAGCUUUCGAGCCUCAGGUGGAUCUUCUUCCCCAUCGGGUCGAUCUGAAUCUCGGAAUGGCCGCCCGGAUCAAGGCUGGCAAAGAGGCACAAGCCAAGAAACUCAAUGUUGUCGAGAAGAGUCGUAUGGACUGGGCUGGUUACGUGGACAAGGAAGGCAUCAAGGAUGAGCUUGAGUUGGCUGGCAAGUCCAAAGAUUCAUACAUGGCGAGAGAAGACUUUUUGGCAAAGAGCGAGGCCCUUAGAGAAGAGGAUUCGAGAAGGGCAAGGCUCGCUGGGAAAGCUUGA